AUCUGAUGACUUUCAGCUGAUGUCUACCUUUUGGCGCGUGGCCAAGGGAAUAACUUACGAACAAUAUGGACGAAAUAUAUUAGCAGUAGUAGUGUCUUCGUCCAUACAUAGCGCGCAUGUCAUAUGAUUUACAAGUGUAAAUUCUAGAUCCUGUUUUAUUCCGUUUAAAGUUUACUUGUUGAUGUUUGUGAGUGCGCAAAAAAUUGUUGAUGUUUUUAGCUGUACUAUUUCGUAGCCUCAGCGAAGGCCUGCAGUAAGACGUCAAACCAACUUUUAUCAUUCGAACGUCACCAUUGUCUUUAAUCCCGAAAAAUUUUAUUAUAUGUGUUUAUUUUAUUAAAAUGCCAUCGACGCCGGAAAGUUCUUCUAACGACGGUUCCAACGGCUUCAUCAGACAACUAAGCCGAGGCUCCAUUACCGAGGAGCGUGCCUCCACCGAUGACGAACUGGACAGCGUGUCAUCCGUGUCCAGUCCGGGGCCACAACGCAAUUCACCGCUGCCGGAAGUGCUCGUCGGCGACUUCUCCCGUCGACCGUCCAGCGCGAAGAAACUCUUUUCCAGUCCGCGGUUGCGCCGUAUCACCGGCACCUCGGUGCCCACGGAAGAGGAUGAUGACGAAAUUGAAAUCGGCUUCGUUGAGCCGGUCGUGUUGCGGCGCGGAACAAUUGCGCCGCAGCGCCCGGACGAUCCGCUUUUCGAUCCCUGGUGUGAUCCGGAGAACCCCAUACAGGUCACAUUUGAGGAUGUGUCGGCAGCUGCUUAUAUGCUGAAAGGCGGAAUACAACUGACGCCGUGCACGCUAUCGCAUAUGUCAGCCAUGACGGGAGUCAAUAUUUAUUUCAAAAAAGACCUAUUUCAGUUUACCGGAAGUUUCAAAGAGCGCGGAGCAAGGAAUUUUCUCCUCCGACUGAAGCCUAAACAACGUGCUGCCGGUGUCAUUGCUUGUUCGGCCGGCAAUCACGCUUUGGCACUGUCUUAUCACGGCAAACAAUUGGGAGUUCCGGUUACGGUGGUUAUGCCAAAAAGUGCACCUCUAAUGAAAGUGACCUUAUGCAAACAGUACGGAUCGACUGUCAUCAUUCACGGUGAUAACAUCGCCGAGGCCAAAGAGUAUGCCAUGAGAAUGGGAUGCGAAAAGAAUUACACAUACGUAAACGGUUUCGAUCAUCCGUGGAUAUUAGCCGGACAAGGGACAUGUGGUCUGGAAAUGCUUGAACAAGUGCCUGAUAUGGACGCCGUGGUGAUCCCCGUAGGCGGUGGCGGCUACUUGGCCGGCAUCGCAGUGGCCAUUAAAACCAUGCGUCCUAACGUGCUGGUAAUCGGUGUAGAAUCUGAGCGUUCUCCCGGAUUCUGGACAGCCAUGGAAUCAGGAAAGCCGGUAUUCACUCCCACUAGUUCCUCCUUGGCCGACGGUUUAUCGGUGCCCGUUGUGGGUUUUAAUUCCUUUGCCACUGCUGCGCCCUUAGUGGAUAAAAUGAUCGUCGUUAAGGAGGAAUUCAUUGCCUUAUCCAUCCUCCGACUGGUGGAAAUGGAGAAGGUCGUUUGCGAAGGCGCUGGUGCGGUCGGACUAGCUGCCAUUCUCUCCGGACAGCUUCCCGAACUUGUAGGCAAAAAGGUAGUUAUUCCUCUUUCCGGCGGAAACAUCGAUACAACGGUUCUCGGUCGUUGUCUGGAGCGCGGUUUGGCGGCAGAUGGACGGUUGUGCCGUUUCCGAGUUGUCAUCAGUGACCGACCUGGCGGUAUGGCAGAACUGACGAAGCUCAUCUGCCAACUUGAUGUCAGUUUGAAAGAUAUAUUCCACGAGCGUGCCUGGCUGAGAUACGAUGUUUUCAGUGUCGCAGUCACUUGCGUGGUGGAAACCCGAGACUGGAGCAAUGCCAAAGCCCUCGAAGAAGCACUGCGGCAAAAAUACACGGAUGUAGUUUUUUCGGACGGAUUUCCCACUUAAUUUAAUUUAUGCACAGGCAGUGUCACUUUCCCCAUUUAUCAAUUUGAAACUAAAGUAUCUGAAUUCUGAAUACGUAAAACCGAGCAGCAAAUACGAGAUCACUGGUAAAACAUCGCAGUCAAAAAACUGCGUAACUGUUCCAAAUGUUGGCACACUGGACCAUCUGUAAGAUAACAGAGGUCGUUUGACUGCGGUGUGAAUACUAUCACAUCAAAUAAUGAAUUACACAGAACAGCAAACUGUGCUGUGCAAUAACAACCAGUACC